ACCGGGCGUGGCCAAAGCGGCCCCGAGAGGCUUGUUUGCUCGGCCAGCAGGGCGGAGGCGGCGGCGGGGACCCCCGUUUCCCAGCGAGGAAGAGGAAGAGGAACCGAUGGGACCCCAUUGGCGCCGGCCACAAGCUUGAAAAAGCCGAGCCAACUUGGCGCAAAGUUCCCCAGUUCCCGUCAGGCUGCUCCAGCGGGAGGGAAACCCUGGAGGAGUAGACAGACUUGAUCCAGCCCUGGUGGUGGAAAGGGCUGUGUUGGCAGUCCUCAACUUACGACCGCAGUUGUUGCUGCCCUCUAAAAGAUGCACUACUACCGGUAUCCUUCUGCUGAAAUCAGCUGUUGGUAUAAAUAUCUCCUCUUCAGCUACAACAUCAUCUUCUGGUUAGCUGGUGUUGUCUUUCUUGGAGCUGGUCUUUGGGCAUGGAGUGAAAAGGGUGUGUUGUCUGACCUAUCCAAGAUGACUCGCCUGCAUGGCUUUGAUCCUGUGUUCCUUAUCUUGUUCGUUGGAGGGGUGAUGUUCGUUCUGGGGUUUGCCGGCUGCGUGGGAGCCCUGCGUGAAAAUAUUUGCCUUUUGAAAUUUUUCUGUGGGACCAUCGUGCUCAUUUUCAUUCUGGAGUUGGCCUUGGCUGUUCUGGCAUUCUUGUUCCAGGACUGGGUGAAAGACCGAAUAGAAACUUUCUUCAAAAACAACAUUAAGGCCUACAGAGAUGACAUUGACUUGCAGAACCUCAUUGAUUCAUUGCAAAAAAUGAACCAAUGUUGUGGUGCUCAGGAUCCAGAUGAUUGGAACCUCAACAUUUAUUUCAACUGUAGCAGUGCGAGCAAAAGUCGGGAAAGAUGCGGAGUCCCCUUUUCCUGUUGUAUCCAAGAUCCUGCACAAAAUGUGGUGAAUACCCAGUGUGGCUAUGAUGUCAGAAAUAUGCCUUCAUCGAAUUGGAAUGAACGAAUCUUCAUGAGGGGCUGCAUCACUGCUCUGCUAACCUGGCUGCCCAGAAAUAUUUAUAUUGUUGCAGGCGUCUUUGUUGCGAUUUCAUUAUUGCAGAUAUUUGGGAUUUUCCUGGCUAAGACGCUGAUUUCUGAUAUUGAUGCAGUGAAGUCCGGCUUUUAUUUACCAAGAUAAAAACUAUCCACAAAGACCAAUUGAUCUUCAUUCUUUGUACCACGAUUGUAAAGGGAAACGAAAGGAAGCCGGAGGCUUAGAAAACAUUGAAUUCAUCUAGAACUUAAAGCCACUAUAUGUCUUUGGUUAAAAUGCUGGAUGGCCUCCUGCUCUAAUUUUUGUGAAUUGUUUUUCAACAUUGUUUUGUUUGAAGGAGACACAUUCACCUCCAGCCUUCCUCUGCAUGCUGAUGGGUGAAGACCAGGGCGUGCAACCCCAACCUCCUCUUAGUGAUGUCCGUAUCAGGACCACUGUCUCUAUUUUCUUUUUUCCUCCUUUUUCUUUACAAUAUUUUGAAAUUAGAAUGUUACAUUCCAAAUGUUGAUCAGUGCCUAGAAAAAAAAAAAGAAGUCGCACGAUGCCAAAUAAUUAUAUCUUAAGGGUGUGGAGAUGGGAGAGAAAGGCCUGUAAGAUUAUGCUGAUACUGAAAACACGUUCAGGGAAUAUUGUGCAUGUUGACAAAUGGAAGUAUAUUGUUUGUGAGUUUUUACAUGGAAGCCAUGUAUGUAGAGUUGUAUGGAUGGGUGGGAUGAACAAUUCCUGAUCUUCCUUAACCCUUUGGUUGGACCUCAUGCAUAGAGAAGAUGGGUGUUUUCCUCUUGUGGAACAGUUCCAAUUAAUCCAUUUGAGAUGGAAUGAGAUCUGGAGAGGACACUGGCUUUGCUUCAGAAGGAACUCUCAUCAGAUUGAAAAUCUUUACCUAAGUGGAUUUAUAAAAACAAACAAACAAAUGCUAUUCUUUUCAUUCUCUGGUGUCGAGACUGGAUUCUCGUCAUUUCUUUAUUUUAGACUUUUGUAAAAUUGGUCUUGUUAUUUAUAGAGGUUUGGAAAAGAGAAUGUAUUGUUCUGCAGCAUAGCUAACAUUGCAGGAAGUGAUUACACAUGAUACAAAAUCACAUUCACUGACUGUCAUUGCUAAAUUUAAUGAAGUAUAGUUCUAAAAAAAAAGUCACACAUAGAACUGAAAUACGUUCUAUUUCCCUCCCUCUCUAUGAUAGCAUUUAAAACUGGUUUUCCUAAAUAUUAAGGAAAAAUUGGAUGCAUUUAAACAUUCAAAUGUGUUGAGAGGAGAAAACAACACAGAAUGCCUUAUGUAUAGUUCACUUUUCUUCUGUGGAUAGUUGGAGUACUUAGACUUAUUGGACAUUAGCUCAACCUGAAAAAAGGGUCUACAACACGUCUUUGGAGCUUGGAACACAUAAACCAUGCAUGAUGUCUUCAACGGCUUAUUUAAUUUCAUAUUUACUGCUUCUCUGAAAGCUGAACUGCCUAUAAAUACUGGAAGGCCUUCAGAUAUGAAAGCUGAGUGUCAUCCUGCCCAGGCUAUUGUAAAUUAAACAGGAGUUUAAUUUUCUGUGGUCCUUCAGGUUUUACUGAACUAGCUUUUCCAAGUUCUUUGGAGAAGGUAGCCCAGUGGGGCUUGUAGCUCAACAACAGGGCAUCUUCUAAUAAUGGUCAAAGCCUGCAGGUUGGAAAUUUGAGGACUUGCAGGUUCAAGAUGAAGGGCAGAUCCAACUUAGAAGACAAUGAUCUGGCACAUAUCAGACAAAAAUUUUGUUUUCUGAAAAUGUGAAGAAUACAGUUGAGUCUUAUGGAACGUGCACUAUUUUUUCCAGGAAACUAAUCUGUGAUUGUCAUGGGCAUUGAUGACUGGAGCUUUUACACCUUAGAGGGUUCUUCAGUAAUUUCAGUUUAUAUUCCUCUAAAAUACAGCUUUGGGACAAUGUAGUCAAUUAUGUAUUUCAGGGAUUAUUAGAAUAAUUUCACAGUACGUCAUUUAGCCAAUACACACUUACUUGGGAGAGAGUCUUAUUAACUAGAUGUAUUUCCAUAUGGGCAUUUAGAGGAUUACACUGGACAUGAAACACUUUGACUACUUUAAGAAAAUAUCUAAGCAUUAAAGCUGAUUAGCUACAAUUGGACUGAUGUCUUCAGAUUGGUUCAGGUUUCUAAUUCAGUUUAGAAAACUGAGUUACGUUUAUUAUUAGAUGUAGUCUUUUAAGUGUAGAUCUGGUCUUGAUUUGGAGGCAUUCGAUUCAACAAUUUACAUUGCCUUUCCAAUUUGAUUUGACCACCAUAUACUAUUUAAUACUGCAGUAUCAAAUCAACUAUAAGGUUUUACAAAGCCUUAGUAAGAUCACACCUCGAGUACUGUAUCCUGUUGUGGUCACCACAAUAUAAAAAAGUUGUUGAGACUUUGGAAAGAGUGCAGAGAAGAGCAACAAGGAUAAUUAGGGGUCUGGAAGCUAAAAUAUGAAGAACAGUUACAGGAAUUGGAUAUGUGUAGUCUAAUGAAAAGUACAAACAUCCCUUUCACAUCAACAUCAGAACUGUUUGUACAUUCAGCCCUAAAUUUUAACAAGCAUCAAUGAUUCUGAAUGAAUUUGUGAUAACAUAUUUUGUAUCCAACAUCCUGAUUUCUCCAAUUCAGCAAAGUGUGAUCCUGUUUAUCAUUACAACUUCAGUAGUAAUUCAAGGCAACAGUGAGAAGAGAAUGCAUGAAACAUACAAAGAAUGAUUGGAGGAACUGGGUAUGUAGUCUAGUAAAAAGAAGGACAAGGGAUGACAUGAUAGCAGUGUUUCAAUACUUGAAGAACUGCCACAAGGAAGAGGAGGCCAACUUAUUUACCAAAGCACCUGAAGGCAAGAGAAGAAACAAUGGAUGGAAACUAAUCAAGGAGAGAAGCAACCUAGAACUAAGGAUAAAUUUCUUAAUAGUGACAGCAAUUAACCAAUGGAAAGGCUUGCCUUCGGAAGUUGUGGGUUUUGAAAGUUGUGGCUUUCAAAAAAAGAGUGGACAACCAUUUAUCUGAAAUGGUAUCUGAAAAGGGUCUCCUGCAGGGGGGUUGGACUAGAAGACUCCAAGGUCCCUUCCAACUCUGUUAUUCUAUGUUCUAUUUAUGUGUAAGUCUCCAUGUUGAGUAUUUGCAUACCACUACAAAAAUGUAUGUUUGAGUGUCCUUUGAAAAUUAUUAGGGUGCCAAAGUGCAUAAUGUGGCUUGAAUUUUACAACUUUUCAUUGUGGUUGGUUUUUCAGGAAUGCAACUUUCAUAAUCUGACACCGUAUGAAGCUUGAAUUUGUAUAAUUUUAUAUAUAUUUAAAGCUAUUCAGUUCCAUAAAAAUGCACUGUUUAUACAA